CUUAUCGUCCAUGGAUUCCUCUUCAAUAAAGUUCAAAUUUUGUCAUCAAUUUGCAGUUCUUUGCUCCAUGAAUUAGCAUCUGAGCAUGGGAUGUUGGUGUCUUCUUCUUCUUCAGCUGUGUUGAGGAGGCAGCUUUUCUUGAUUAGGUGCUUGGGUGGUGGUGUUGGUCAGAGCCACAAGAAGAUUCGAAGAGUUAAUUGCUCAAGUAUGGUGGCUAUGGAAGCUGAUGCUGAACAUGUUAUAAGAAAGAUCACCCCUUUGUUGGAUCCCAUUAGGCAUAAGGGUCAAGCAGGGAAAGUGGCCAUUAUUGGUGGAUGCCGUGAAUACACAGGCGCUCCAUAUUUCGCUGCUAUAUCAGCACUUAAAAUUGGUGCAGAUUUAUCACAUGUUUUCUGUACAAAAGAUGCUGCAGCAGUUAUCAAAAGCUACAGCCCUGAGCUGAUUGUUCAUCCGGUGCUAGAAGAAUCGUAUAAUAUAAGAGAUGAUGAGAAAGAGUCAGUUUCUGCUAAGGUUCUUGCAGAAGUUGUCAAGUGGAUGGAAAGAUUUGAUUGCCUUGUGGUUGGUCCAGGUCUUGGAAGAGACCCAUUUCUUUUGGAUUGUGUGAGUAGCAUCUUGAGGCAUGCUCGACAAUCAAAUGUCCCUAUGGUCAUUGAUGGGGAUGGUCUCUUUCUUGUGACAAAUAACCUUGAUCUAGUUAGUGGAUACUCCUUAGCUGUUCUGACACCUAAUGUUAAUGAAUAUAAGCGUCUUAUAGAAAAGGUCUUAAAUUGUGAAGUGGACAAUGAAGACGCUUCCCUGCAAUUGCUUUCUCUUGCGAGAAGCAUCGGAGGUGUAACUAUACUCCGGAAAGGCAAGUCUGACCUUAUUAGUGAUGGUGAAAUAGUUAAAAGUGUGAGCAUUUUUGGUUCUCCCCGGCGUUGUGGCGGUCAAGGUGAUAUUCUUUCUGGCAGUGUUGCUGUAUUUUCAUCUUGGGCCCGACUGCAUGUAUCAUCUAUGAAAGAAUCAGCAGAUUGCAACUCGCAAAACCCAAUGGUUCUCGGGAGCGUAGCGGGCUCUGCACUUUUGAGGAAAGCUGCAUCCUUAGCUUUUGUGAACAACAAAAGAGCAACCCUUACAACUGAUAUUAUCGAGUGCUUGGGUGCAAGCUUGGAAAGUAUCAGCCCUGCUGAAUCAUAAAACAUUUGGAAGAACCAGCUUUUCCUGUAUGACAGUUCUGAUGAAACUUCAGUUUGAAUGUGUUGAGUUCAAAAUAGAAACUGUUAUAUGGAAUACUGAGUUUGCAUGAAAAUAAAAAAUACAGAUGUCACUGGCA